AUGGCCAUGGCUGAGUGGCCACAACCUGGGUGGGCUUCAGAUCACAACCCCAACAACUGCCAGGACGUGGGCAACUCCAUCCUGUUGCUGCUGGGUUUCAUCAUCUGCAUUAACAUUGUCAUCAAUAUGGUGACCCUGCUCUGGAGCAGACUCCGUGUCAUCUUACACCGAGUGUUCCAUAUCAUUUGUGAGAAAGAAGCUGUUAAUUCAUCCUCACCUGGGAAGCAGACCCAGCCCUCGAAGAAGCAGAGCUCCCCCGCAGUCCAUCUUCGAUGCACUAUGGACCCUGUGAAAAUGACUGUGACCCCCCCACCCACACGUCGAUAUCGCCGGCGAGCCUCUCCAUUGUGCCGAGUCCACCACCCAGUAGCUUGGGCCCCUGACACUGAUGAUGAAAAGCCCCCACAUCAGUACCCAGCAAUCUGCUCCCGCCAUUGGGAUGGCCCCAAGGACUGGCAAGUCUUCCAAACCACUCAGAGGCUCUGGGCUCCCUGGACACAAGACUCUCUAGAGCCACUUCCCCAAACUAUCCGCUUCCAGCCCACUGUAGAAGGAAAGACCCUCAAAACAGAGAUGCGGUCAGAGCUGGGCCUAGAGGCCUAUGUAUACCCUGUGAACCCCCCACCUCCCAGCCCAGAGGCUUUGAGUCACAAGAACAGUGGGGCAGGGGCGGAGGCUGAGGUAGAACAGUGCCAGCCUGCCUUACCACCCUUCCUGGGCCCAGCAAAUGUCCCUGAUAUUCCCCAGCGCCGCUCCUCAGGCCGAAUAGCGUAUGAUGCCCGGGAUGUGAGGCGGCGGCUUCGGGAACUGACCCGAGAGGUGGAGGCCUUGUCCCACUGCUACCCCUUGGCCUCUGGAUCCAGCACUGCGGAGGGGACAGGAAAGGACUGGGUGUAUCGUUCCCUGACAGGGAGGUGA